UUCACACAAGGGAGCCAACACGGUUGUGAAUAAUAUAGGCUACUUAGAUUAAGACGUUAUAUUUAUAGUUUAUUUAUUACCAUAAUCUAACGGUAAAACAAAGCCGACUGAGUAGGCUAUAUGCCUACAGUCUAACGAACUGUAGCCUAGGUCUGUAUUUACGCAGAUUAAACAAGUUCACUUCUCUACAAAUCGGAGUUCCUGCCAGCCUACUACAUUGUAUCAUCCCACAACAAGCAACUUCGUGGUUUCCGCUGUUCGUGGAAAACACCUUACGCGGGUGGGAGUUCUGUCUGCAUUAGCACCGACCAGGGAUACGGAAAAUAUUAUUUCGAAAGAUUGCAUGAUGUGAACAUUGGGUUGUAUUAAUUUAUCCUCGCCGAGUUUUAGGCAGUCUGAAACACUGCACUUGAACUUGAAACGCCGCUCACCUGAACUUCCGUUGUUCUAGUGGUGAAAAAAGCGGCAGGCGUUCGGGUGCUACCUGUAGCCUGUACAACCGAGAAGGGGAGGACUGUCGCGUUUCUGAAGAACACGCUCUAUUUCCAGUAAUUUCCAAUCGCGUCCUCUUCAGCAGACUUUCUAUUAUACGCUUCACAAAGGUUAAGUUAGCAUGGAGAGUUUGAAGGUGUUUCAUGAACGAGUUGAUCGCAUCAUCUCUGAACCAGUGGAGGACACCGAUCCUAGCAGCCUGUUACCAGAUAAGUCAUUAAUGUCCAACUAUCCAGUUCAAGUCACAGAACUUGGAGGUAACCAAGCUUUCUUCAGAGGGACUUCACCUUAUAUGUCGUCGCACAGCCACCUGCAUCAUCAUGUUUCAUCUGCAGAGACUAUGGCCUUCACCAGUGUACCGCCCAGCUACAUGAUGGCUUCCUCUGAGAAGAUAAGACAGCCAGUUGACGAGAGCAAUAACAUCUACACUGACACAAUGUCAGCAGACUUCUUCAAUGGCUUGAAGUAUUCGGACAACCACUGCAAGAAGUGCUGCUACGUGGUCCCCCCACCGAAGAUCCGGGACCUGAUGAACGACGCGGACCUGCUCUACGAGCUGCGGCUGAAGCUGGACCCCAGCCACUGCACCGUCAAGAACUGGAAGAACUUCGCCAGCCGCUGGGGCAUGAGCUACGACGAGCUGACGCUGCUGGAGCACCGCACGCAGGGCUCGGCCCAGAGCCCCACCCAGGAGUUCCUGCUGCGCUACAGCGAGAGGAGCGUGGCCGAGCUGACCGAACUGUGCCGGCUGUACCAGCGCAUCGACGUCCUGCGCGUGCUGCAGCGGUGGGUGGAGAAGGACUGGCCUUCGCGCUGGCGGAAGGCCCACUAGCCCCGCCCUGCUGGCGCCCUAACUUUGGGCGGUGUCGAGCACACCACCUUUGGAUCAUGAGAGGCAUGGCACCUAGGGAAAAGGAUCCCCAAAGCCAGACCCUUCAGGAGGGGAAACUGUGGGCAAUCGCCCACCAAAUGUCCCCGCCCUACCCGCAGUCCACUCACCCCACCCCACCCCACCCCCGUCCAAAGUGAUCCUUCUGUUCUCACUGGAACUGGAUUUCAACUUUUUUUUUUUAAACUUUUGUUUUGGUUUCUAGCACACGCUAUUUUUUUCUGAGCUAUAUUUUCUGUUAUGACAAAGGUGGGAAAGUUUGGACCUGUGUACUCAUUUUUUUAACAGUCCUGUAACCAGAGCUAGGCAACCAUUCUGUUUCAUUCAAGCCUCUAUGUGCAGGUUACUUUUUUUAGCUGUCGUAGAUCAAUCGGGCAGUUUUUCUAUGUGGAAAAAACCCAAUCCCAGAAGAACAGGGUAAAAUUUUUAAUUGUUCAGUUAAUGCCUGUCAUAGAUUUAAGUAUUUUAGAUGCCCUCUUCCCCCAGGCCAGCUGGUGUGAGUACACAAUCAUAACCAUGUGGUUGCUGUGUUUAGUUAGCUGGAUGUGAGUUCUCUGGAAACAACUAGCUACCCUUGGGAUUGACAUGUAUUAAAAUUCCUUCCUAAUGAUCAUGGAGUGCCUAAAAUAACUAAGUUCUGUCAAACGUUCAUGUUAUUCAUUCUCCAAAACUACAUUUUCAGAGUUUUAAUACAGUUGUAUCUGUUGUAGAAUUAUCUUAACUCUUAAGCCGUGCUCUUUCUGCUGACAGAAUGUUUCUUCUGUUUCCUUGCCAAUAUUUAUUGCAUCUUCCAGACUACUCUUAUUAAAGACUACAACUGUAUGAAUGGUCUAUUUGAAAGGGUGUAAAUACUUCUUAAAAUAAAAACAUGGAAAUGAA